GUAGAUGGGGGAUGGCAGGGGAUGAAGGGUGGUGGGAUUUCAUCAUACAACGCCAUGCCGGGGAAGAGGCGAUGGAGUUGGCUUGUAAUUGCAGUGUUAGGCCUUGUUUUGCUCUCGAUGCUCGUUCCUCUCGCUUUCUUGCUUGGUCUACAUAACGGAUUUCACUCUGUUACUAACACAGGGUAUGCUAAUGAGCAAAGGAGUUCUGCUUCAUCAAAAAAGGAUGCAGCUUUUGCUUCACCAAUAACCAAAGAAGGGCUAUCAUCACAUGUGGAUGGACUAUUGAAAAAUCUUGAACCAAGUCUUCCAAAGGAAUUUAGAAGGCAUGUCAAGGAAGGUGAAAACAAAACUGGCAUCCAUGUGCCUACACAAGUGUUAAAGCCACCUCCAAAAAGACUUGAUGAUGAAGUGGAUUUAUCAACUGAAGUCAUUAAAACUGUUAAAGUCAUUGGUGAAAGUGAAAAAAUGUGUGAAUUAAAAUUCGGGAGUUAUUGCUUAUGGCGUCAACAACACAGAGAAAAAAUGAAAGAUUUUUUAGUAAAAAAAAUGAAAGAUCAACUUUAUGUGGCUCGAGCUUACUAUCCAACUAUUGCAAAGCUUCAAAACCUCAAUCAAUUCUCUCUUGAAAUGAAACAAAAUAUUCAGGAAUUCGAACGUAUCCUCAGUGAAAGCUCCUCAGACACAGAACUUCCACCCCAGGUUGAGAAGAAGCUGCAGAAGAUGGAAACUACAAUCACAAAAGCAAAAUCACAUACUGUUGACUGUAAUAAUGUUGAUAAAAAAUUAAGACAAUUAGUUGACUUAACAGAAGAUGAAGCCAAUUUUCACAUGAAGCAAAGUGCUUUUUUAUACCAACUUGCAGUCCAAACAACACCAAAGAGUCUUCAUUGUCUUUCAAUGAGACUCACUGUGGAGUAUUUUAAAACUUCCCCCAUUGAUGCUGACGUGUCAGAGCUUCUGUUGAAUCCAGAGUUGCUUCAUUAUGUCAUAUUUUCCAACAAUGUCCUUGCAUCAUCUGUAGUUAUCAAUUCAACCGUUAUGCAUGCAAAAGCUAGUAAGAAGCAGGUGUUUCAUGUGUUGACAGAUAAGCAAAGUUUCUUUUCCAUGAAAAUGUGGUUCUUCACCAAUAAUUACAAAGACGCCACUGUAGAAGUUUUGAACAUUGAAGAUCUCAACUUACAAGGUCACGAAAGAAGCAUGUGGGUCCCACAAGAAUUACGAGUCUCAUUCCUUUCCAAAAGCAAAACAGAAUAUAUUUCAGUUUUUUCCCAUUUACACUACGCCCUUCCAAAAAUAUUCUCAAGUUUAACAAAAAUCGUCGUUCUUGAUGAUGACAUUGUUGUCCAGCGCGAUCUAUCAGCCUUGUGGGGCCUUGACAUGGGCGGAAAAGUCAUUGGUGGGUUGCAAUUCUGCAAUGUAAAAUUGGGCGCACUUCAAGGGUAUUUUGGGAAAGAAAAAUAUAAUCCGAAUUCUUGUAUAUUGAUGUCCGGGUUAAAUGUAAUCGAUUUAGUUCGGUGGCGGGAACUUGAUAUUACUAAAACAUAUCAAAGUUUGUUACAACAGAGAGAGAGGGAAGGAAGUGGAGUAGGAGUAGGAGGAAUGUUGUUGAGUUUUGAAGGGUUGGUUGUUGGGAUUGAUGAAAGGUGGGUGUUAUCUGGAUUAGGGCAUAACUAUGGAAUUAGUAAAGAGGCGAUUAGCAAAGCCGCUGUUUUACAUUUCAAUGGAAACAUGAAACCCUGGCUGGAAUUGGGGAUUCCGGGGUAUAAAGUUUACUGGAGAAGGUUCUUGAAUCGUGAAAAUCGUUUCUUGAGUGAUUGCAAUGUGAAUCCUUGAAGAUAAUUAAGAAGAGGGUUGAAUUCUUUGAAUGGAAGAAGAGAAAGGAGGUGAUGAUGAUCUUUGCAAAAGUGAGUGAUGUCGGGGAGUAAAGUUGUUGAAUGAAUUGUGAAUGAGAAGAAAGGAAUAUCAAGAAUAGCGUUCUGCUUUUUUGUUUGGUGUUAAAGUAGGUAGGCAAUUGAGAUUCCUUACUUGUUUUUUAUUUUUAUUAUUAUAUUAUUAUUCACGAUUGUUAUAGUAGAGUAUUUAUUUGGGGAGGGUUUGUUAUUUGUGUGUAAUGAAUGUAUUUAUGGAGAUAGCAAAUAAUUGGAUUUACUACUUUAGAAGGGAAACUCAAAAGUCAAAACUGUGAUGUAUGUGGUCUUCUUUGUUGUAACAGACUUAAGCGUAAGCGAUUAGGAAAAGCUGUAACUGUAACUGUAACUAUUCUUCAAUCUUGAUGAUGCCUAUCUUUUUAA